AUGCUCCCAUGGGGACGUCAGCCUUGGGGGCGACUGUGCCGUGGGUCGAGCCCAUUCCUACCGUUCCUUGUCUUGGUGAGUGUGACGUUUGGCGUGCUAGCCCCACUGACUUGCCGGCAGCUCCUGCAUUCCUACUUCUACAUGCGGCAGUGGUACCUCAACCCAAUGAGCCAAGAUUUCCUCAAGCAGAACCAAGAGGAUGGCCAGAGCGCCCUCCAUUACUUUGAGCAGCUGCGGGCCCCCAAUUCCUCCGAGAAGCUGACUGGGGAGGCCCUGCAGCCGUGGCUGCUGAUUACCAUCAUUACAGUGCAGAGGCGCCCCGAGUUCCACUACGUGCUCCAAGUGGCAUCCCACUUCCAUCGCCUGCUCCAGGAGUGCGGCCCCUCUUGCCGGCACCAUCGCGUCUUGCUCUGCAACGUGGAAGCGGAGCCCGGCAGUCACUGGGAUGCCAUGCUGCUAGCCAACUUCUUUGCGAUGGUCAGCCGCUAUGGUGGCCGCAAGGAUUUGGAGUUCUCGCUGAACCGCUUUGAAAAGGAGAAGCAGGAUUACACCUACUGCCUUGAGAAAUCACUCCAGGCUUACAACCCGGAGUAUGUGCUGCUGGUGGAGGAUGAUGCUGUCCCGGAGGAGCAGAUUUUCCCAGUGCUGCACCACUUGCUGCAGGUGCGGUUCUCCAGGCCUCACCUCCAGGACGCCCUUUAUGUAAAGCUUUACCAUCCCGAGCGACUGCAGCAUUACAUCAACCCGGAGCCCAUGAGGAUCCUGGAGUGGUUUGGAGUAGGCAUGUUCUGGGGGUCACUCUUGAGCUUCGUGUAUGUCAGGGUGACCAACCGCUCCAGCCUCAGCUGGCCCAUCAUGCUGUUCUUUGCCCUGUACAGCAUGCUUCUGGUAGAGCUGGUGGGGCGCCAUUACUUCCUGGAGCUUCGCCGCUUGGCCCCGCCGUUCUACAACGUGGUGCCGGUGACGGAGUGCUGCACCCCAGCCAUGCUCUUCUCUGCUCCCUCUGCCCGCCGUGCGCUGGGCUAUCUGAAGGACCUGCGCUGCCGCCAGGGCUUCGCCAAAGAUACCGCCCUUUACUCCCUGCUGCGCACGAAGGGCGAACGGGCGUUCGUGGUGGAACCCAACCUGGUCAGGCACGUGGGGGUGUUUUCCAGUCUCAGGUUGAAUGACAACCCAAAGCUACUUUGA